AUGGGGUUGUGGCUAGUUGGAUUUGGUUUGGUGCUUGUUCUUGCAGUUGGCAUGUCUGAUGCACAAUGGCGAGGAAGAUCGGUGCAAACUCAGAAACCUCGUACAUUUAGGCCUCGGUCACAAAUGCAAGUUCCUCAGAAGAGUGAAACCAGGAUGCCUCAGUUUCCACAGACCAACAACCCCAUGCUUGUGCCACAGAGAUUUCCUUCUCAGUUUUCAAUGCAGUCUCCUGGUAUGGUUGGUGGAAAGCCUAGUCAAGAUCCUGUUGGUGUUCAGUCUAAACAGCUUUUGCAGGGUCUGAUGGGAAAACUGACAUGGACCUUUCCAAGCCUGCCAGAAGAACCGAUACAGCCAGAGAUUCCUUUUGAACUGCGGGACCCUAUUUCUCCCAACAGUGUAGGGGCUCAGUGCCGUGAGAACUCUGUGUAUGUGGAAGUGAUGGAGGACUUCUUUGGGACUGGAAAAAAGCUAAUGGCUUCUGGAUUUGCAAUGGGAGGCUGUGGACCAAUAGGGGAGGACGAUAAUGCUGAAGUGCUCAUCUUUGAGUCUGAACUGCAUGGAUGUGGCAGCAUUUUAACGGUGACCGAAGACUCGCUUGUUUAUACCUUCACCCUGGUCUACAGUCCCAAAGAGGUUUCAGAUGAUGUUCCUAUUUUCAGGAGUAGUGGUGCUGCUGUCAGUAUUGCUUGUCACUAUCCAAGACUGCAUAAUGUGAGCAGCAAUGCCCUGGUGCCUGCUUGGGUACCAUAUGCAGCUACUAAGGUUGCAGAAGAGCGCUUGGUUUUCUCCCUCAAGCUUAUGACUGAUGAGUGGCAGUUUGAGAGACCUUCAAACCAGUAUUUCCUGGGUGACAUUGUGAAUAUUGAGGCCUCUGUGAAGACCUACAACCAUGUACCUGUCCGUGUGUUUGUGGACAGUUGCGUGGCCACUGCAUCCCCUGAUGUGAACUCUGCCCCCAGAUACUCAUUCAUUGACAAUAAUGGGUGCCUGGUUGACACGAAGUUCACUGGCUCGAACUCCCGCUACCUCCCUCGAACUCAGAUUGAUAAGCUGCAGUUUCAGCUGGAGGCUUUCAGGUUUCAUCAAGUGAACAGUGGUCUGGUCUACAUCACUUGCAUUUUGAAGGCUGUUCCUGUAGCCACCCCAACAAAUCCUGCUCAGAAGGCUUGCUCGUUCUCUCCUAAUGGGUGGGUGUCUGUAGAUGAAUCGGAUCAGGUGUGUGGCUGCUGUGACUCAACCUGUAGCAGCACUAGUGCAAGUGAUUCAGAUCUACGUUGGGAGCAAGCAUCUGUUGGUCCCCUCAAUGUUAAGGAAUUUGGCUUCGGUCGACUGUAAUUUGAAAUGGCUGUGAGGCCAAGUGAUGAAUAAACUGUUCUUAAUUAUA